AUGUCUCUGAGUGAGAACGCGGUGUUUGCCUAUGAAUCUUCGGUGCACAGCACCAACGUCCUGCUUGGCCUCAACGACCAGCGGAAGAAGGACGUGCUGUGCGACGUCACCGUCCUCGUGGAGGGCCAGCGCUACCGGGCCCACCGGUCUGUGCUGGCGGCAUGCAGCAGCUACUUCCACUCGAGAAUCGUCGGCCAGGCCGAUGCAGAGCUUAGCAUCACUCUGCCAGAAGAGGUGACAGUUAAAGGAUUUGAACCUUUAAUUCAGUUUGCCUACACUGCCAAACUGAUUUUAAGUAAGGACAAUGUGGAUGAAGUGUGCAAGUGUGUGGAAUUUUUAGGUGUACGUGAUAUUGAGGAAUCCUGCUUUCAGUUUCUCAAAUUUAAGUUUUUGGACUCCACUGCAGACCAGCAAGAAUGCCUAAGAAAAAAAUGCAUCCCAUCACACUGUCAGAAAGCAGACCUUAAGUUUUCACUGUUGGACCAGAGGGAUUUAGAAAUUGAUGAUGUGGAGGAAUUUUUGGAAAAUAAAAAUGUCCAGACUCCUCAAUGGAAACUGCAUAGGUAUCAAGGAAAUGCAAAAGUAUCAUCUCCUCUCCAGGAUAGUGCCAGUCAAACCUGUGAAUCCAUGUGCUUAGAAAAGGAUGCUGCUCUGGCUUUGCCAUCUCUAUGUCCCAAAUACAGAAAAUUCCAGAAAGCAUUUGGAACUGACAGAGUCCGUAGUGCGGAAUCCAGUGUCAAAGAUGUUCAUGCUUCUGCCCAGCCAAAUGAGACUCCUGAAAAUGAAUGUCUGGGAGGAAUCCAGGACUGUGCAGAUCUGCAGGUGAUUUUAAAAUGUGAAGAAGGUAAAUUAGCAAUGGAACAUGAAGAAACCAAGAAGAAAGAUCCUGCUCCUCAGUGCCCAUCAGAAAAGCCAGAAAUGACUCCUUUCCCCCACAAUUCUUCUGCAGCCCCUCACGGGCUCUAUUCUCUGUCUCUUUUACACACCUACGACCAAUACGGUGACGGUGACGUGAGUUUUGCUGGAAUGCAAAACACAGCAGUGUUAACAGAAAAGCCUUUGUCAGGUACAGAUGUUCGGGAAGAGAAAAUGUUUGGUGAAAGUCAGGAUUUACAUUUGAAGUCUGACUCUGGCCCCAGGGAAGAUGGUAGCCUUGCCUCCAGCGAUCGGAGUAGUGUGGAACGGGAAGUGGCAGAACACCUAGCAAAAGGCUUCUGGAGUGACAUUUGCAGCACGGACUCUCCUUGCCAGAUGCAGUUAUCACCUGCGGUGGUCAAAGAUGGUUCAGAACAGAUCUACUCCCAGAAACGGUCUGAGUGUCCCUGGUUAGGUAUCAGGAUCAGCGAGAGCCCGGAACCUGGUCAGAGGACUUUUACAACGUUAAGUUCUGUCAACUGCCCUUUUAUAAGUACUCUGAGUACCGAAGGCUGUUCUAGCAGCUUGGAAAUUGGAAACGAUGAGUAUGUUUCCGAACCCCAGCAGGAACCUUGCCCGUAUGCUUGCGUGAUUAGCCUGGGAGAUGACUCUGAGACGGAUACUGAAGGUGACAGCGAACCCUGUUCGGCCAGAGAGCAAGAAUGUGAGGUAAAACUGCCUUUUAAUGCACAACGAAUAAUCUCACUCUCCCGAAAUGAUUUUCAAUCCUUGUUGAAAAUGCACAAGCUGACCCCAGAACAACUGGACUGCAUCCAUGACAUUCGAAGGAGAAGUAAAAACAGAAUAGCUGCGCAGCGCUGUCGCAAGAGAAAACUGGACUGUAUACAGAAUCUGGAAUCAGAAAUUGAGAAGCUGCAAAAUGAAAAGGAGAGCUUGCUGAAAGAAAGAGAUCACAUUUUGUCAACUCUGGGUGAGACGAAGCAGAACCUAACAGGACUUUGCCAGCAAGUCUGUAAAGAAGCAGCUCUAAGUCAAGAACAAAUACAGAUACUCGCCAAGUACUCUGCUUCAGAUUGCCCACUUUCAUUUUUAAUUUCCGAAAAAGAAAAAAGUACUCCUGAUGGCGAACUUGCGUUACCAUCGAUUUUGAGUUUACCUGAGGGGCCCCCCACGGCACUCCCUGCCGGGGAGCCAAACCCUCGCCAUCCCCAUCCCGGCCCUUGCCCGAAGGGCGGGGGGUCUGCGGGCUGUGCCCCCGGCGAGUCCCGGCUUCCUGCUGCCCCCGAGCAGGCCGGGCCUUCGGAACCGUGCCGGCAGGGGGGCGGCAUCUCAGACUUCUGCCAGCAGAUGACUGAUAAAUGUACUACUGAUGAGUAA